GCCGCCGGCCCGGCUCCGCCCCCCCGGGUAGGGACCUACAGCGGGCGCGGCGGCGGCGGUCUGCGGGCGGUAGCCGGCGGUGUAGGUUCCUGUCCGUCGGCGGGGAUCUGGGACAGUGCGGUGCCGCGACGUCCGGGCCUAUUGGCACAGCCCUGGCUUCUGAGCAUAGAUAUCUAUACCAUAGCCUGAAGUCCUGAGACCUGUGGUCCUCAGUGUUUGAGAAGUCCUGAAAGAGAAGGAAGAGCCACAGAGAUUUGCUACACUUGACUUCUGGGCCUGGAAGAACAGUACCCAAGAGGCCAGGAAUCCUGGCUGCGACCUCAACUCACAAGACAGAGCUUGAACUGGAUGCUAGCUGCCACCACUUCCCACAGCAGUGUGACCUAGAAAAGCCACAUACCAUCUGCAGGCCUAUCGUUUUGAAAGAAGCAGUGUUGCCUGGAAGCAGGAUUGAAAGCAGUCCUAUUGUGGUUCAUGUAUUUCCUGUGAAAGGACACAAAACAUGAUGGAUUGCUAAGUAUUUACCAAGAAGUGUCUGCGGCUCCAUCAGUCACUGAGUGUGCGGGAAGGAUGUCCGCAGAGGACUUCAUCGAAUGACAUCUUCAGUUUUAGUUGGCUAUGUGGGUAUGCAGAUAAAGAAGAUGAAGGAUAUCGGAGAACAACUCUAUACCACACAAGUGAAUGGUGGCCCAAGUUCUUUGACCAUGUCCCCCAAACAGCCUAAUUGUAAUAGAGCAACCCGGCCAGACAGACAGGAAGCACAAACCCUGUUGUACCAAGGCUCAGAGGCAGAGGCUGCCACGAUGACCAUUGCUACUUGUGUACAGUGCAAAAGUGUUCACAAGAUCCCGCCUCAAGACUUGAGGAAGGGCCCUGGGCAGAGCCAGAAGGAAGACCCUUACAUCUGCUUCAAAUGCAGCCUUCGAAUGGUGCCUACCCAGCUGCAUUUUGUGAACAAUAACCCUGGUGCUGUUCAUGUCAGGAAUGAGACAGAAACCAUCUCGAGUCCCGUAAAUAACAAAUUCAAGGUUAGGAACUUCAAGCCAGGCAAAUACUACUGUGAUAAGUGUCGGUUUUCCACGAAGGACCCGCUGCAGUACCGGAAACACACGCUGCAGCAUGAGGAGAUCAAGUUCAUCUGUUCUCACUGCAGCUACAUCUCAUACACGAAAGGCGAGUUCCAGAGGCACCUGGUGAAGCACACUGGCAUCUUCCCUUACCGAUGUGAGUACUGCGACUACGGUGCUAUUCGCAAUGACUACAUUGUCAAGCACAGGAGGAGGGUCCACGAGCGGGCUGGUGCCAAACGACCGCUCAAAACCAUCGCCAAGCUGGAGCCCAAGAGAACCAACGUUUCGAAGCAGAGCGUGGAACUCUCAAAGGCCCCCAGUCCCAGGGCCGCCUUCCAGAACAAGUUGUCAGACCAGCUAUCUCAGUUCUCUCUCCACACAAACAAAGACAGGACACACAGUGUGAUGUUGUUACCUGAGCUAAAUAAGUACCAAAAAGAUGUAGUGUGUAUUCCCAACAAACUGGCCCUGUCUGAGCCAAGCGAGGUGAGCCUGUUGGGGAAUAAGAACGUUGAGGUGGAAGUGCUGUCCCCCUCAAAGGAGCCUGUGCAGCCUGGUAUGCCCCUGACUGUCGUGGCGCCCUCGGAGCUGGUGGUCCCCACCAACUGUCUGGCCCAACUGAUGGAUGUGAAGGUUGUCAAUGGCACACAGCAGCUCGUGCUCAAACUGUUUCCAUUAGAAGAAAACCCCCGCCUUCAAGCAGGCAGAGGAGAUGGCGGUACUUCCGAGUGUGCGGCUACGGAGAAAGGAUCCGGGGGACAGAAAAAACCGCUUUCUACGGAAGCAGUGAGGUCACUAGCAGCGGAAGGCAAUGCGGGAGAGUUUGUGGGCCUUGAUCGUCUGCACUCUUUGGUUCAGAAACAGCUGAAAAAUGUGAAAUGGGUGAAGUCUUGCAAUUUCUUCACGCCCAAUUCUGGUGUACACAGUCCUCAAGAUGCUUUCCUCGGUUCUGAUACAAUUAAAGAUUUGCAGAAAACUCACAGUUUGUGUCCCCCUAGAGCCCUCCCUUCUGUUGCCUUAAAAGGUCAUUCUCCUGCCUCUGUACAAACCAGUGUUUCCUGUGGGCCUGGAACGGCAGCCAACCCUUUCCUGAGUAAAUCAGCUCUCCCUUUUGCUGAAGAUGGAAGGGGUUCCCGCAGCGACUCCCAGCAGCUCCUUCCCCUUGCCUCGUUGCCUGGAAAGGGUCUCUUUUCUGGAGAGAAGGGCUUGCUGCCUCUAGGUAAAAAUGACUUAGAAGCCAGGACUAGGAUUAGUUGUCCUGAAACAAUGGUUUCCCCUGACGGGAAACUGGAAGACAAACAGAUAGAAAAGAAGGCAGUAGGGAAGACAGGCCAGGUUUCCUCUGCGCAGAAGAAAGAGUAUUUACACCUAAACAUCACUGGGGAAGAUAAACUGAGGUCCCAACAGCCUGGGGAUCAGCCUGUGCAGCCGAAGAAUUCUGAGAAGACAGGUAACACAUUUGAGGGCCCAAUCAUCUCGUCAGUAUUUUCUCUGAGCUCUGGAUCUGAAAAUGUGCCAGAGGGCAUUAAGUGGAAUAGUUCAACAACCAAAAUAAAGUCCAUCGAACUGCUGCGCAGAAAGAUAGCACAGUUAAUUGAAUCUUGUGGCAAGCCUUCCUCUUUGUCUGCCAACAGUGCUCAGCGACGUUCCAUAGGGCAGGCCCCCAAGCUGACUUCAAAAGCAACUCCCAAGAGUAUUCAAGAAAUGAGUGUGUCUCUUCCUGGCCCUGGCCCUAGUUCUGGCCCUUCUGUGGGUCCUCUCCAAAAACCUCAGAACCAUAACGAGGGCAGUGUUGCUAGCAACGGGCACCUUGCUCCGCAGCAGAUCUGUCCCAAGUUUCUCAGUGGUGAUGAUGGGAAAUUGGAAAGCAGAGUGACCAGAAAGACUCCAGUUGCUACUCCAGUGCUGAUCCCCAAAGGCGCUGUGUUGAGGGUCCUUAACUCUUCUGAAGAUGCUCACAUCAUAGAGGCUACCUGUGACACACCUGUCAGCAUCCCCUGCAGUGAAGCCCAGUUAGCAGAACCACUUCCAUUCUGCCCUUCCAGACAGACAGGCUCGGGCUCCCAACCCUUGACAUGCAAACGUGGGCCAGCAGACACGUCCCCACAUCUGGAGACAGCUCUUCGCCCCAAAUCUAAAAAAGAGGACUCAAUUUGCAGUACUACCCCUAAGAAAAUUGUCCCUGUAUACAGCACACAGCCAGGCAACAAUGACUCCAGCAGGCAAGGGAGGCCAGUUUCUAGAAAUCUAACCAUAAGCAAGAAUAAAACCAAGCAAGGGAGCUCAGUCAAGAAGAAAAACAAGAUGCAAGCUGAUCCCAGCCGAUGUCUCAAAGACCCUUCAUUUUUUCAAGUCGCGAGGCAGCUGCGGCUGAUAGCUGCCAAGCCAGAUCAGUUGAUUAAAUGUCCUCGUCGGAACCAGCCAGUCAUCGUGUUGAACCAUCCUGAUGUGGACUCUCCCGAAGUGACCAAUGUGAUGAAGGUCAUCAACAAGUACAAAGGCAAUGUCCUCAAGGUUGUCCUGUCCGAGAGGACUAGGUGUCAGCUGGGCGUCCGGCGGCACCACAUGCGCCUGACCUACCAGAAUGCAGAAGAAGCGAACCACAUGAAGAGGCAGAUGAUGUUGAAAAUGAAACUGAAAAAGGUUCAUAAGAACAACUACCAGGUGGUGGGCUCCUUGCCAGACGACCCUGCCCAGUGUGUAUUUAAGUGCUGGUUCUGUGGGCGGCUCUAUGAAGACCAGGAAGAGUGGAUGAGUCACGGCCAGCGGCAUUUGAUAGAGGCCACCAGAGACUGGGAUGUCCUUUCGUCAAAGGGCAAAUGAGUAAAAAUCGGUCUUUGAAGCAAAUUGGUUUUCUUCUAGUUUUACUGUCUUAGGGUCGCACCCUGGACCCUCGAUGCAGUAGAAGGGGGUUGCUUGUUCCCCAGAGUCACCAUAAGAAGGUUGAGAGCCCCUAACAUGAGCUCUGUGGCUGGACCAGGAGAGGCGGGAAGCCCCUGAAAUCUACUGUUUUCUGUUAUAAUACUCUCCACGGGUUUUCAGUGGGAUCUGAGGCCUUUCUUACUUAGUGUUUAUUUUUCUGAGUAGAUACAUUUUUCAUAAUCCAUUGAGAGGGGCAGGUCUAUGAUUGACACGCUUCUUGGAUAAAUGCUACUGAAGAGUUAAGCCUAUGUCUUGGUGCACACAUCCACUUUGAUUUUGCUUUGACUCUUCCAGGAUAUUUGGUACAUAAUAGAAAUUACAUUUGCUACUUGACGGGUCAUUUUCAGUUUGGUUGGAAAAUAUGCUGUGUUUGGCCCGCCCACUCCGAGCACUGGCAGUGUCCUGCUGAGCCAUGAGCUUUGCUUUCACUGGUCCUGUAUCAACAACAGGUGUUAGGAGAAGAAAAGACGAAAUUCUCAGUGUUUAGUUUGUGCUUGCUUCAUUGGUAAUAGUUGGGUAGGGAAUAUGUAAUUGGUUUUUUGUUGUUGUUUUGUUGGGUAAAGAAGGAAAGGUACAUAAAAUUAAGUUUGUUCUUUGAAUCUAAUGCUCCACAAAACAUAAAGGGCCAUUUUACAAUGUGAUGGAGCAGAUCCAUUGAAACAUAAGCCUUGGCAGUGCCAUUCCAAGUGGACUUGAAAGCAGGCUGUGAAGGCCUGCUGUGGCUGGCUUUUCCCCUGGGGAUCUGUGCAAAGCCCCAGGGGAUGCCACUACUCUUGAGUAUAGGAUUAUAGGCUGUUCCCCUGGCCAGAGCUGCUCUCUCUUUCCUUCUUUCUGAGCAGGUCUUCCUAAGGAAUAGCACAGUCUCUGUCAGAGACCCAGAACAUUUUUCCUCAUGAACACUAGGAACUUCAGGAGUCAACCUGGAAAGAGAAGCCCUGUCUGCAGACUCGUUAGGAACACUUCCCGUUUUCAUGCAAGGAACAGGCCAUUCCUAGUCUAGCCACAGAUACUCUCCUCUUGCUCACCUUGCUGGGAGCACUCCACUCCACUAAGAGGGGUCAAGACCCACCAGUCCACAAGGCACCGGUGCACAUCCGGAGAAAGCCUAUCUCCUGCAUGGGGUUUCCCGGGCAAGGGCAGCUCAAGCAGGGGGCCGCCCAGUCACAGGCCACCCCUCUUGAGCCUGUCCAUCCUUCGGGGUUUAGUGAUGCUGUAAGUGGAACUGGGGGGAGGAGGGUUAGAUGUGUAAAUGGUACGGUGACUUCUAAUCUACUGGGGAAUCAGACUUCCUGACUUUGCCUUUUCACGUGGCUAGCUUAUCCUCUCACAGUUGGUAUUGUACUCCUUUCAAGUUUGUUUUCAUUAUAAAUACUUGGCGUUUCUUAGGUAUAAUUCAAUACCUGAACAUUUUGUUAAUUGAUAAUUUUAAUUUAAAAGUUGCAUUUUUAUAUAUGUGUAUAUAUGUGUACACAUAUAAAUAUUUUUUACCAUAUGCAAAUUGCAACAGCUAAUUUUCUGAUUUCCUAUUUUAUAAUGAUACAUGAGCUGGGAAAAUAAAAAGCUUUUAUAUUCUAGAAAUAAUUUAUUUUGAAAGAACAUUUUUACAAUGGUUUCAUCUCAUUUUUAGAAAAUGAAAGCACAGUAAAUGGUGGGACCUGAUUCCUAUGAGCAGACGGGAGUAGACAACCCCUGUGGGUCAUUGUAUUGUGGCAUUUAGUCAUGCUUGGUGCUCGGUAGCUCUGUAAUGCAGAGCAUUCUGAGCUCUGAUCUGUGGUGCAGACUGGUACCCUCCAGCUCAAAUGUCUCAUGUGAUUGGCAGGAGGAGCUGAGGGAUCCACGCCUUCUCUACCUCACUGCUGCACAGUUUUUUUCCCCAAUGGCUGGGCCAAGAACUGCCACAGAUGGGUGUCCACAGAAUGUUCCACUCUGCAGCAGCUGCUGCUGUUUUCAAGUAUUUGUCUAGAACACCUAGGCCCUGUGUGGUUCUGAAGUUAGUGAGCAGAAGAUGUAGCGGAUCUUUGGGAGAUUUUCAGAACUACAGUCCUGGUUGAGGAACUCGGAGGACUCCUGGAAGUCCUACGCCUGUGAAAGGCGAGCGUAACUGACUUUCCCAACCCAGAUCUUUAGAAAUAGCUUCUCCUGCAGGUAAGUGUGUGGAAGAACCGCCUUUCUAACAGAUUGGAGGGAGGAGGACAGAAAUGUGGUACUUCCAUAGUCUUACCUUGAUUUUGAAGGACCUCUAGUCACUACAUUUUGUUGAUAGUACUUACAAAAUUAUUUUAAACUUAUUUUUUAAGCUAGUUUUUCUUACUUUGAGGGACCAGAAAUGAAAGGAUCUUCUUAUAUUUAUGAUAUAGACAAGUAGAAUAAAAAAAAAAUUUAAGCCUCUGACUCUUAAGUGUCCUCUCAAUAUAUUAUAUUUUAUUCAAAUUUUUAUCUCCAGCCCAAAACAUUUUGUGAGCCUCCAGGAUGGGCCACACACUGUUGAACUAAACUAAACAUGAUGUAUUGACCCUCCAAAGUUCCGUCCCCCUUUAUUUAGAAUUUGCAUAAGCCACCCCGGAAGAUGAAGGUAUAGUGUUGUUCAGCUUUCAGAAUGACUUUUGAAUCUGUGAAUGUUUAUGAGCAGAAAACAAAACUUUGUCUUAACAUGUCAAGCAUUACAGUUCCCGUGUGAACAGUUUGUGUGUUUGCUGCUCCGGUUCUGAAACAAUGUUUGUAUGUAGAUAGAAAAGUUGGCAUCCAUUUUGUUUAAAUAAAGCAACUUUUAAGAUCUUCA